ACUACUUAUUUUGUAUUAUCGUGUACGUCACUACACUCGAUACGAUUUCUUGAUAAUGCGUUACUUACGUGUACAAUGCGUUACGUAUCAAAUCCCUUCGAUAACAGUUAAGAAGGAUCAUGCGGCAUUACAUCUUUACAUUUUUAUCUCGCAGGAAUUGCUAUAUUCAGCGGCAAGCAGUGUUACCUCAUGGGUCCAUUGGGGCUAUUUAUGUACAGUUUUCAAAAUUUUCUACAGAGCCACCUCAGAGAAAGAAGACUAACUAUAUUUUUCCUGCAGCAGUGGCUAUCUUUGGCACAACAAUAACAUGGGGUGUUUACAGCUACAUCAGAGGUCACCAGAAAUUCCAAGAUACAGUUCUUGCAGCAUCACAGCAGUUACCAGGCGAAUACAAGUCAGGAUUGCCUGAAUAUUCACUCGAUGAAGUUGCUAAACAUAAUGAUAAGAGCUCAGGUGUUUGGGUUACAUUUGGCCAUGGUGUCUAUGACAUAACACCAUUUAUUAAGCAGCACCCGGGUGGUGAUAAGAUUCUUAUGGCUGCUGGAGGAUCAUUAGAGCCUUUUUGGGCACUAUAUGCUGUCCACAAGCAACCAAAUGUUCUAGAAAUGUUGGAGGGCUACAGGAUAGGAAAUCUCUCCCAAAGUGAGAAAAACAAUGCAAUGGACAAUGUCAGUGAUCCAUAUGCUUAUGAGCCACGGAGACAUCCAGCCUUAAAGCCAUCCAACCAGAAGCCUUUCAAUGCAGAGACACCUUUAUCAUUACUAGUGGAGAGCUUCAUAACACCUUCUCACCUGUUUUAUGUACGCAAUCAUUUACCUGUACCUGAUGUUGACCCGUCAACUUAUGAGUUAGAGGUUGAAGGUCUUAAUGCUAAAGGUUUGGUGCUAUCACUUGAUGAGUUGAAGACCAAGUUUCCAAAACAUACUGUCACAGCUGCUGUGCAGUGUGCUGGAAAUCGACGAAGUGAGAUGGCUAAGGUGAAAGCAAUCAAAGGUCUGUCAUGGGGACAGGCAGCUAUAGGUAAUGCAGUAUGGUCUGGUGCAAAACUUGCUGAUGUUCUGAAAGCUGCUGGAUAUAAAGACAAUCAUCCGAAGGCACAGCACGUCCAGUUUGAAGGUCUUGAUACAGAUGUUUCGAAUAUGCCAUAUGGAGCAUCAGUACCAUUUGAAAAAGCCAUUGAUCCAAGAAAUGAUGUUCUCCUGGCUUAUGAAAUGAAUGGAGAGCCUUUAUCAAGAGACCAUGGAUUUCCUGUCAGAGUUAUUGUUCCUGGGGUGAUUGGAGCACGGCAAGUGAAGUGGCUGGGCCGUAUCAUAGUUUCUGAAGAGGAAAGUGACUCACAGUGGCAGCAGAGAGAUUAUAAAGGAUUUUCCCCCAGUGUGGACUGGGAUACUGUAGAUUUCAGUAAAUCACCUGCUAUUCAAGAAUUUCCUGUAACUUCCGCAAUCUGUACACCACUGCAAGGCGAGACAGUUUCCCUGGUAAAUGGGAAGCUUGUUGUAAAAGGCUAUGCAUGGUCUGGUGGUGGUCAGAAGAUAAUUAGAGUUGACAUUACAGUAGACCAAGGUAAAACAUGGCACAAUGCUGAAAUAACUGACGAGGAUUCAACUGCCAAAGCACCACACAAUUGGGCUUGGUCAUUAUGGAAGGCUGAGAUACCAAUACCUCCAAGAACUAAAAAGGUGGAGAUAUGGGCCAAAGCUGUUGAUUCUGGUUACAACACUCAGCCAGAAUCAUUUGAGAAUAUCUGGAAUCUCCGUGGUGUUCUAAGCAAUGCCUACCACAGAGUGAAAGUAAACAUUAAGUCUUGAAAUUAUUAAAUGUGACUGAAAAUAUGUUCCUAGUAAUUUAAAUAAUGGUGCUAUUUUAUUUUUUCAUCUCAAUCUGUUAUUCAGUAAUCAUGCAGCAAUCUUAUUUAUAAUGUAACUGUAUAAAUGCUGUAAAAUGCAGUGAAGGUCAUUCAAACUAGAUCUGUAUCAUAAUAAAUAAGUUACCAUUGAGAUAUGCAUGGAUCACAAUUAAUAAUAGAUCGCUCCCCAAGAAAAUUGAUCAUUUCAUAAGAAACACAGAUAAUGUUAAUAUCUGGCAUGGAGAUGCAUGUGUCAUUAUAUAUCAUACGAGUACCUUACCCAUUUCAUUUCACCUUUCUUAAUAUUAACAGUUGUUUACUCUUUUAUCCUGUUAAUGUAUGCCUUAGAGACAGGAGAAAAUGAAGGGCUGGGUGGUGAAAGUUCAGUUAGGGGAUAAGUGAAGAUGGCUUUUUGAAAAGUAAUCUGGGGAUGGGGAAUGGGGACCAAUUUCUUGUAAGUUUAAAUUUGAGACUAGGCCUGUACAGUACAAGAAAAGUGUGAUAUUUACACUUACAUGCAACUGCUUAUUUAUGUUAAGAUUAAGAUCAGUACAGUUGUAAUUUUUAUUAUUGGUUGAAAAUAUGUGUGAUAUCCAUUUGGCAUACAGUGCAGCAGUCUACAGAUUAACUGCUGUACACCAUGCAAAAGGAGGACCUUGGGAGAAUGACAAAGAAGUAGGACCUGGAAGGCAGCUUACCUUUGUUAAAAUGAAUAUAAAAAGUUAUUGUCAAAAAAACAUUGGUCAGAUAUGAGCUUCUGUUGAGAAUACACAUUUUUUACUGUACCAUAGCCUUUUUGAAAAAUAAAAUGU